AUGUGGAAGUGGUUUCAGAAAGAGGCGGAAGUACCACCGCCGGUGGUUCUAGUUCCACCGCUCUUCGACUUCCCUCCCCUCGCCGCACGUGACAGAAUGCUGGAAUCAUCUUACGACGUCGUUUUCGGAAAACUCGCGUUGAGGUGUCUCUUCAACGAUUACUUUCAGCAACCGAGGCAUUUCAUCACCAGAAUCAUGCUUAAGCCAAUCGACGAUCCUCACGUCGAUCUCAUCGCUACAGUUUCAGGUCCUCUUGAUCAAAAGCCUGAAGAAAACAUCAAUGGAAAUGCUUCGUUUCGAUGGCAAAGUGACUUAAAUGAUCCUCAUACAUUCAUGGACCUUUAUGUAUCGACAUCUGAUCCGGUUUUGCGGAUGAGGUCGUGUGCUUACUAUCCCAGAUUUGGAUUUGGGGCCUUCGGAGUGUUCCCUUUGCUAUUGAAGAAAAGAGAAACAUCCCAAGAUUAUGGCUUGAUGGGAUUGAGAUACGGUUCGGGAAAUCUGUCAUGUGGAGUCACACUUAUGCCUUUUGCCAAGAAAGACGAAGUACCAAAAAGUGCAUGGUUGGUGAGCAAGAUAGGAAGAGUAACAGCAGGGGUGCAGUUUGAGCCUCACCAUACAAAUGCAAAACUUUCAAAUUUGAUGAACUGGAGUUGUGCCAUGGGUUAUGGCGCGGGAUCUGGCAGCCCUUUGAGCCCAUCUUUCAAUUUCAGUCUUGAGCUUGUCAAAAGCUCUCAGUUUGUUGCCUCAUUUUAUCAGCAUAUGGUUGUUCAAAGACGGGUGAAAAACCCCCUCGAAGAGAAUUCUGUUGUUGGAAUUACAAACUACAUUGACUUUGGGUUUGAGUUACAAACAAGUGUUGAUGAUGCCAUAGCAGCAAACAGUAUCUCAGAUUCCACUUUUCAAAUAGGUGCAUCCUGGCAAGCCAAUAAGAACUUCUUGCUGAAGGCAAAAGUUGGACCUAAAAGCUCAACAUUGGCUGUUGCAUUCAAGUCAUGGUGGAAACCUUCUUUCACGUUCAACAUUUCAGCCACCAGAGAUCGUGCAGACGGCCAAUUGCAAUAUGGAUUUGGCCUCCAGAGUGAAAGUCUCAGAGAAGCCAGUUAUCAAAGAGCCGAUCCCAACUUCGUAAUGCUCACGCCAAGCAAAGAACACCUAGCCGAAGGCAUUGUUUGGCAAACAGGAAAACGACCUAUGCUCCAAUCUGACAUAGAUGCUGGACAUUUCGAUGGCCUACCUAGAGAAUUGAGACCUCUUGACAAAAUUUUGUAA